UCUCAGGCGAUUAAACAGAGAAGUUCCCCUUUAAGGCUGAAACCGUGAAUCCGCACUACUAAGAUGGUGUUUGCUCGUUUUCAAACAGGAUUUGUUUUGCUUUCUACACUUCUCUGUGUUGGUUGUACACUGGCCAGUGAUGACCUUCUGAUUGACUCAACAGGUGACGAUGAUUACAUACUUGCAGUCAUAAAUAAGCUGCUGACUCUGGAGAAAAGACUGUCUGCAUCUGAAAAGGCAGAGAAGGAGCUUCAAAGAAGGCUUGAUGAAUCAGAGAAGAAGCAGACAGAACUGCAAACCAAACUGGCUGCCUCUGAGAGUGUUGUAUUGGAGCUGAAAAGAAUGAGCAAAGCCACUCCACAGGUGGCGUUCACUGCUGCAUUAGGACAAGAUCAUACUGGUCCCUUUGAUUAUCACACUACUUUGAUCUAUCAAGACGUGAUAACCAACGUUGGUGGGGCUUAUGAUUCUGAAACAGGUGUCUUCACCGCCCCAGUUAAUGGUGUCUAUACUUUUUCGACCUAUUUCUUCACAUGGAGUCACAGUGAGUCAACAACGUUGCACAUCUUCAAGAAUACUGAUGAGCUAGUUGCAUCGUUCGUUUAUGAGUCUACACCAGAGCAGCCCCUCAGAGGGGAAAGCAGCUCCAAUGCAGUUAUAGUGCAGCUGCAGAAAUUUGACAAAGUCUUUGUGUUGCUCAAUGAGAGAGACUUGCUCCAAGUAUUUGACCCUUGA